CGUUUCCUCUAUUUUGGUAGUAUUAAAUUGAUUCGCCUCCCAUGGACUGGACUCAGCUCAUUCCCCGUGAGUCCAUUUUUCCGCCUAUAUUCGAAUCACAUGCAGCCAGACUAAACCAAGGAAAAAUCCGGAGAAAGGAUUUGCGGAUCGCCGGCGGAGCGACGUGCACGCGUGUUUCGACGAUGAUUUGCCUCGAUAUGUAGGAGUUUGCGCCUGUAUACGCGUAUAUUGGGAGUAGAUUGAGGUUUUGGAUGCGAUGGAUAAGGAGAAGGAGGAGAAGAAGAAGUAUCCGAUUGGAGCGGAGUAUUACACUCUGUAUGAAGAGGUGGGGACGGGAGCCAGCGCUACAGUUAGUCGGGCGCUAUGCAUCCCGCUCAAUGAGAUUGUCGCGGUCAAAAUCAUGGACUUUGAACGCAGUAACUGCAAUCUGAAUAACAUUUCACGGGAAUCACAACUAAUGUUCCUUGUUGACCACCCCAAUGUUCUUAAAUCACACUGCUCCUUUGUCUGUGAUCAUAAUUUGUGGGUCGUAAUGCCUUACAUGGCUGGAGGUUCUUGCCUACACAUAUUGAAAGCUGCACAUCCGGAUGGUUUCGAGGAGGUUGUUAUUGCAACAAUUUUGCGUGAGGUGUUGAAGGGCCUGGACUAUCUUCAUCAACAUGGCCACAUCCAUCGGGAUGUCAAAGCUGGUAAUAUUCUCAUUGAUUCACAUGGUGGAAUCAAACUGGGAGAUUUUGGUGUUUCUGCCUGUUUGUUUGAUUCUGGUGAUAGGCAACGGACGAGGAAUACUUUUGUGGGCACCCCUUGCUGGAUGGCUCCGGAGGUGAUGGAGCAAGUGCAUGGUUAUGACUUCAAAGCUGAUAUUUGGUCCUUUGGUAUAACUGCUUUGGAGCUUGCUCAUGGUCAUGCCCCUUUCUCAAAGUAUCCUCCAAUGAAGGUAUUGCUUAUAACAUUGCAAAAUGCACCACCUGGCCUAGAUUAUGAGAGAGACAAAAAGUUUUCAAAGUCCUUUAAGCAGAUGAUUGCAAGUUGUUUGGUGAAAGAUCCUUCGCAAAGGCCUUCUGCAAAACGGUUGUUAAGAAAUCCUUUUUUCAAGCAAGCUAGAUCAAAUGAUUAUAUAGCUAGAACUCUUCUAGAGGGGUUGCCAGCUCUUGGUGAUCGUCUUCAGGCAUUAAAGAGACAUGAGGAAGAUAUGCUUGCACAAAAGAAAAUGCCAAAUGGGGAGAAAGAGGAAAUAUCACAGAAUGAAUAUAACCGUGGGAUUAGUGGUUGGAACUUCGACCUUGAAGAUCUGAAGGCCCAGGCUUCAUUGGAUGAUGAUACUAUUAUAGAAACAGAUGGAGAUCUGCAUUACAAACAACUCAAGCACCAGCCAUUUUCGUCCAGACGUUUUACACUCCUUCAACACCAAUCGUCCUCUGCAAGUCAACAUUCAGAUACUGCAGACUCUGAUGAUAAUGCCCAUAACUCUCUUUCAUCAGUUGACUCCACUACUAUCACGGUGAAAAGUGAAAAAUCUGAUGAUGAUGUGAGUGUGUCUGGUUCAACAAUUGAGCAGUCAGCAACAAAUACAUCUCCCGGCCCUGAAAUUCUGGUGGAGAAACCUGUCCCUGAGGUGAAUAAAAGAUCAUCAAAUGGAGCUCCGGCAAGUUCUAAUCAGAGAGACAAAUUCCAAAGUCAAUCACAGAAUUCAUCAAGUAGUGUGAUUACAAACCUGCAAAUACUGGAUGAUGCUCACGCUGAAACAAUACCCAGAAGUUCAAAAACCUCAUGCAAGUCAAUAAGUGGUGAUGAAGUUGAUGAGAAGACAAAAAAUACUGUUGUUAGGCAGAAAGGACGAUUUAAGGUUACAUCAGAGAGUGCUGAUAUGGAAAAGGUGGUACCAGGUCCUAUGCUACCAAAAAGCCACAGUAUGCAGGUAAUUGCUCAACGUCUUAACAUUGCCUCACCAUUGCCCUCACCAUUGCCUUCGACAACGCCUUCAACAACGCCUUCACUGUCGCCUUAUAAUGCUACUCAAUCAAAUCCGCUUGCUCAAGUGCUUUUUCCCUGUCUGCAAUAUGUCCUGCACACAAAUAUUAUGCAAAGGGAUUCUCUUCUUACUGCAAUGAAGCAAGUAGGUUUUGGAGAUUGUACAGGAUACACAAUGAUGAAUGCGGCUGUGACAGAAAAGUCCUUGUUGGAGGUCGCUCAUGAUAGGGAAAAGGAGUUAAUCCGUGAGAUGACUGAUCUGCUCUCCAGGCUCAUAUGCGUCCAGGAUGAGCUUAAAAAAUGUAAAGCUGAAAGCGCACAGGUGAACUCCUUCAGUUAACUUUUCACAUCUAAAAACCACAGUUUGUUAUGCGACUAACACGUUAGUUUUGGUGUGCAAUAGCAGCUUUCAAAUAUGAAAGAUAGAUUUAAGUGAUAAACUGAAGCAGCUAAGUCACAAGUAGCUUGAUAGACCAUUAUUCACUCUGUUGUGUACAGUUGAUAUAUUGCUGCACUAACAUGUGGUUAGAUACUAAUCCGAAAUACAAAUGGACUUGAAGUUUGUCUAUUUAUUUGCAUCUUCGGAACGAGUUAGAAAUCUAGCAUACUGUUUCUUGGGCUA